GCCAACGCCAACCCAUUACUUGACUUAUUCCCUCCCAAACACGACCACCCCGAGUUCAGGCCCGUAAACGACACGUAGCGCACCGUGGCGCGCGAACGCGAUCGACCCUCCGGACAUUGAUCAGCAGCAACAGGGUCGCGCGACCCGAUGUGUCUGUCACCAUGACCGCCUCGGGCAACAAGAGCUCUGCAUGGAGCACCUUCAUCUCCAGCGCCAUCACGGGCGUGGAGUCCCGACUGGACAACAUGCUAGAGGGCGAGGAUGGGAAUGAUCCACUCCAGGCUGAUCCCAGGCCCCCCACGAAGCAGCCGGCGAUGCAGGCGCCCAUGUCUGCGUCAGCGAAGGUGGCGGCGACACCGGCGAGGAGCUCUUCGAAUUCUAGGGUCAACGACCGGUUACAAGCGCGCUUAGCAAAGGCUAUGGCCGCGAAGGGAGGGGAAAGUAAGGCGUCGCCGAGAAGCUCGUUCGACAGUCGUAGCUCCAUGGACCGCCCGUCGCUGGAUGUGGUGAAUGGCGACAAGAAGGAGGAGGGUCUCGCUACCAAAGCCGAAGCAGGAGACAACAUAGAGGAGCCCAAGGCUGCCGUCGAGGGCGGCAAGGCGUCUCCAGACAAACCCGCGACGAGCGAGACAACGACGACACCACCGCCUCCGCCGCCACCGACAACGACUGAGGCCAAAGCCGUGCCCGAGACUACGAAGACUACGACUACUGAGGAAGGAAAACCAUCACAGGCCGAAACGAAAGAACCCGCCAAGCCGAAACCCAACGAGGCAAUCCCUACGAUCACACUCCCACGCGAGGAGCUCUCCAGUAUCGCCAGGGAUGUAAACGACAUUAAGACUCAGCACCAGGAAGAGAUUCAGGAAUAUGUUGAGCGGAUAGACUCUCUUCAAGCCAAGGUCCUGUACCUUUCACGUACAGCGGCCGAGACAGCAAAGAAGACAGUGUCGAGUGCACCGGCCAACAGUGCGGAGCGCAAGAUUGCCGAGAGGGACGAGAGGAUAGCGCUUCUCAUGGAAGAGGGCAGCAAAUUAUCCAAGACAGAAGGGCAAUUCCGGACGACCAUCAAGAGGUUGCGGCAACAGCUUGCGGAAAACGAGAAGCAAGCCGACACUCUGAGGAAAGAGAAGGAGAAGGCCCUCGCGGAGACGGAAGCUCUGAAAAGUCGACUCGAUGGAGACGAGGAAAGGACCAAAAGGCAGGAAGAGGUGCGCAAGGCAACGGCUGCUUUGCAGAAGGAGAUUGAUGCGCUGAAAAAGGAAGUGAGCGCAAAGGACGAGAGCAUGAAGAACCUUGAGCAAGAGCUUCGAGCCAAGUCGGAAAAGGCCGAGGCCGCCACCGUGGACUCGCAUAACAAAGCGCUCGCAGCCGAGCGAGAGAAGCAAAAGGCCCUCGAGGACACCAUCGCCACUCUCAAGGGUGAAUUAGAAGAGGCGGCCGACAAGGCGCGGCUUGAGAGCCUGGAAUGGCGCGAGAAGCUGGACCGAGCUACCGAGAGGAGUCACGCUACAGAGACCGAGAUGAAGAAUGAGCUCAAGAUGAUGGAGAGCAAGCUCGAGGCUAUGCGCUCUGUUGCCGAAGAGGCGUCAUCCGGAUCGGGCGGCGAAGGGCAGAUCAAGCUCAUCCGGCAGAUCGAGACCCUGCAAUCGCAGUAUGCUACCGCCAGCGACAACUGGCAGGGCAUUGAGGCAUCGCUGCUGGCCAAGGUGGCAAACCUGGAGAAGGAGAGGGAUGAGGCUACGAGGCGCGAGUCAGAGAUGAGGAAGAAAGCGCGCGAAGCGGCCAGCAAAAACCGUCACUUGGAAGACGAGCUCCAAGACUUGCAGCCGGAUCUCGCUGCCGCAAAGGCAGAGCUCGAGACCGCGCCGAGCGAGCGUACGUGUAUCAAUGAUUUCCGACAGUCAAGCUUGAUUCAUCAUCAUCAGAGCAUCUAGGCUAGGUCAGGUUGACGCCCUCACGCUCUGCACCCUGUAAUAUAUACCGGCGCACCUGCAUCAGAAGAAAGAAACGUGGUCAGUUCAUCGGUCAUUGGCUU